UUCACUUUACACCUAAUAUUUCUUUUAAAGAGGUGAAAUGUCUGGUCGCGGCAAGCAGGGAGGCAAGGCUCGCGCCAAGGCCAAGACCCGCUCCUCCCGGGCCGGCCUGCAGUUCCCCGUGGGCCGCGUGCACCGUCUGUUGCGCAAGGGAAACUACUCGGAGCGCGUGGGCGCCGGCGCCCCGGUGUACCUGGCGGCCGUACUGGAGUACCUGACGGCCGAAAUCCUGGAGCUGGCGGGCAAUGCGGCGAGGGACAACAAGAAGACGCGCAUCAUCCCGCGCCACCUGCAGCUGGCCAUCCGCAACGAUGAGGAGCUCAACAAGCUGUUGGGCCGCGUGACCAUCGCGCAGGGCGGCGUUCUGCCCAACAUCCAGGCUGUGCUGCUGCCCAAGAAGACCGAGAGCCACCACAAGCCUAAGGGAAAGUAAACCAGUGAGCGAAGCGUUUUUAUCUUUUGAAAGACCAAAGGCUCUUUUCAGAGCCAUCA